GGAAGAAGAUCAAGAAAACAUGCUUAAAAGACUAGCACAGAUGAAGAAAGAAUAUGCCAGAAAACAAAAGAAACUUGAAAAAUCUGUUCGAAAGUCUAAAGCCAAGGCACAUGUUAAACAGAUACUACAAAAACAAGAGAUUCUACGUAGCAAAGAGACGGACCAGGAAGAUUUCAAAAAUCAAAUAAAGGAGCCAGAAAGAAUCGCUACCCCAAAUGAUCAGGACAGUACCUCAAAGAGCGUAACCAGCUCGAAAACAAACAUAGAAUCACCCCCAAGAACAAAUAUUAAAUCAACAAAGAGCAGUGCUAGUGAUGGAAAACUAUCCAUCAAAACAUCAGUUUUAUCAGAAAAUUCAGACAAAGGUGAUUUCAUGACAUGUGAUAGCAAGGCCUCAAAAAGAAGUGGGGAAGAUGAUGUAAUUGUUGGACCCUGUGGAGACUCAGAACAAAGUGCUUCCACAAGAAAUCUUCCCUCAUCUUCAGAAUCAACAGGAAGUGGAAAAAAAACUUUGUCUCUUAAAGCAAGGCGAAGAAAAACUUUGAGUCCAAACACAUUUUCUAGCAACAAAAGUAAGCUACAAGUGGAAGGGAUACUUCCAUCAGAAGGAAUCAUCAAAUGUAUUAAUAUUCCUGAUGAUGAUGAUGAUGAAGACAUGGUUAAAAACAAAGAUACUGAUGCCAGGGAAAAGCAGAUGGACAGUUUGGAAAUAAACAAGCUUUCCAAUGGCACCAAGUUAGCCGAAAAGCUCAAACCAUCUGAGAGUGAAUCAUCUUUGGAUCUAUUUCCCUCAUCCUUUGAUGGCUGUGAAAAAAUCAAAACUAAAAGAAAACGAGGAAGACCUGCUAAAGGUCGAAGAGCUUCACUCCCUGCUCAGACCAAGACGUCGAUACUUCCUGUCAGUAUCAGGAAUUCCUCUGAAUCCCAGGAGAGCCAGGAAUUAGAAACUCUAAUGUUGGUCCAGGAAAGUUUAGGAUUGUGUAGUCCUAUAGAGAAGAGGAAGACAAGACGUUCUCGGUCCUGUCAACCCAUUCUUCUGUCGUCCGUUUUCCAGUUCAUUAUUGAUGAUGCCAAGAGAGAGCAAAAGGAUAAGGAUUUUGUAUUGCCAACACACACAUUUGGAGAUCUUAUGGAAGCAAAAGUUUUAGAUAGAUUAAGUGAUGGAGCAGUACUUUCCUCUGUUGAUGAUCAGGAAGGUAAAAUGAUUACAAAGGUAGACCAGGACAAAGAAAUUUCUAUAAAAGAAGAAAUGCUGCAUGAUACAGAACAAACACCAUCUUCUGUUUUAGUAGAUUCUAAGCAAACUUUAAUUGAAACUAGUGAAGACCAAGGAAAAGGAGACACUUUGUCGCAAAGGACAGAGCAACAAGAUGUUAAAGUUCUUAGUGAAAAAGCAUCUUUAGGUGAUCAUUUUGAGGAAUCAAAAUCUUCUCCAAACAGCAGAGAGGAACAUCAUUCAAACUUAAAUGGCAUUACAGAGGUAGUCCUCAAGGAUUCUGAAAAGGAAACUGCUCUUGAGGAGUCUCAUUCAAAUUUAGAAAUACAUGCUGAAGUUGAGCUAAACAAAUCAGAAAAAAAUAAAAGUGAAGAGACGUCAAAGACUUAUGAUGAACCAAUUUGUUCAGAACCCCAGGAAACAAAAAAUAUUGCAGCUUCACAAGAGGGUAAAGAAAAUGGCCAGACAGAAAAUGACCUGAAUAGCAGUCUUGGAUCUGAUAUACAAACUGAGAGUGAUGAUGAAAAUUUUGGAGACAUCCUGAGAGAAAAGAUGGCUAUACAGUUUCCCAUAGAUGACACAGUGAUACAAAGUCAUAUUACAGUUUUCCCUUUGAACAAGAAGAAGACAGAGGUGAUAGUUUGUCUGUGUAAGAAAUCUAUAUCUGUGUGGGCUUUACAUUGUGAACAGUUUACCUGUCUGCAAAAUUGGAGUUUCCCUGAGGAUCAAACAGCAUUAGGAGGAGACCUCAUGCUUCCAAAGUCAUCAGAAAUCCGCUUCGCAGCCGUUUUAGAAAGCUCUAAUUCGACCCAGUUGUAUUCUGCUGUUUUCCAGGAGGACCAAGCCUUCCCUUUGUUUGAAAUAACCGACAUUCCAACUCCCUCUCAUCAGAUUCAAAUAUGUGCUGUGAAAUUUAAUGAAGUUGUAAUUUCUCAAUCCGACUCUCCCAACACAAUAAAAUUAUCAAAGUACAUCAUGGACUCGGAGAUAAAGACUUUGUCAAGAACCAUAAAUCUGGAAGAAACAUCUGGUGUCUUAGACACUGUGUGUGGCAUCCAAGGGCAGCAACAAGCAGUAGCUGGAUAUACUAAAGAUGGUCUUCUUCAUAUUUGGAAUCAUGAAUUGGGAGCUCUUGUUUUAACAGUAAACUUGGCUGUGUUCUGGCCCCAUCCCUCACACCUUGUUGCUGUGCUUCAAGAAAAAGGGUAUCUAUUCUGCCCUCUGAUGGCUAGUUCUGACUGUUUCCUGGCGGGCUGUAUAAUGCUGGUGAACCCCACAAACUGUCAAACCAAAGUCCUAUUUCCACUGAACAGCAAAAAGUGGAGAGGAUGCAGUAGAGCCUUCCACAUGGAUGAUUACAUAGCAGCAGUGAAUAAGUCUGGUUCUCUACAUAUCUGGGACAAGUUCAGUGGUGAAAUGGUGGCUUGUAUGGAGAACACUGACAUCUUAGGAAUUUGUAAUCAUAAAAAUAACAUUGUCUUAAGCAGAGAACAUUGUAUACAUUGUUUUACAUUAAAAUCCUAGGUUUGAAUUGGAUUUUGUUACUGUUUAAGAGUUAAAUUGCAAGCUCUGUUGUAUUUGUGACAGAACAAGGGGUGUAGUCAAGAAUGUAGCUGGUAUGUAGAGAGCUAUUCAUGUAUUCAUAGGAACACCCUGAAUGACAUGCUAGCUUAGCCAAUAGUGAAAGGGAUCAUACAUACCAUAUGAGCAGAAAUUUUAGCAAGGAUUCAAUUUUGGUUCAUUUACCGGUACAUGUGUAGCAAGGGUUCUGAGAUGUCUAGAAUUGAAUAUUGCCAACAAUUUAUUCCAUUUCAGUUGUUAAAACUCUUUCUCACUUGAUAUUAUAAAAAUUG